AUGGGCUCAACUUCUCUCGAACUCCUCCGCUCUAAAUUCUCGCCAAAUCUUCAAACCCUGCAAAAGAUUAACAAAAACCACCUCACAGUUUAUUCACACAGGCCUUGCCGAACGGCAAGGCCCAUGGAGAAGAAUGAAGGGCCACGAAACAUUAAAGGCAUAUUACCUGUCCUCUUGAUGAACAACAACACCAAAGGCGAGCUUGGGGACACCUAG